AUGCAGCAUACUCCACGCCAGAUCAUACCAAAGGGCCCUAUUGAUAAUACUCAACAGGAAGCCAUGGAUAUCAAGUGUGGUAAAACUAUACGAGAAUUCAGCUCACGAUCUCUCACUGCUAUCGAAACAUAUACAGGUAUAGCCUCAAUUACACCAGCUCCCAAUUAUACCCAUAUGUGCUGGCUUAUUGGCAGCAUUAAGAACCAGAAGGCUCUCCUUAAAGAACCUUAUAAACCCUCAAGCCAGGGGGAUUAUCCUAAGAGCUACCAGCCGUCAUCGUGUAUUAGCAGUGAUAACGGCACCGUGCUUGAGAAGAGCGCAUUGAGACAAUGGGGGAAACUAUUUGUUGAAGGGGGGACGUAA